CUAGUUUAAAGGCUCUCAUUUGUAAGUCUUCUAGUCUUUCCACUGUGUAGUGCCUUAUUUUUAAUUAUUCAUCUGACAUCUUAGAAGAUAACUUUACCUCAUUUUUUCAUGAUAAAAAGUUGACAUUGGUCCUACACUUCUUUUUUUUAAGUGGUCCCGGUAUCCAACCUUAUUUUAAUAUUAAAUUGAUAUUUGCGCCUUUUUGCAUUAACAUGUGGCAACUCCCCUUAUGAAUCAAGUCGCUAAUUUUGUUUAUACCUAUUGGGAAAUGUGUGCACCAACACGGAGUUCCAGUCUCAUUAUUGGUUGAAUUUCGGCUCAAUCUUUGCUUUAAAAAGCUGUUUGGUAAACGCUGUCCUUGAUUUGCCUGGAGAAUAAAUAAUCUUGGCUGCAUCUGUUCAAUAUCGCUGUAUGUGAUCUUAGUUUUACGCAAAGCAACCUUACUUUCUCGUUGUGUCGUAGAAAGAUUAUACAAUAAUCAUGUUGACGCAGUAACAGUUGUAUGUUCAUACUCAUUACCGUUUUCUUUAGUGAAUAUUCGGGUUGUUUAUCAUGACUAACCCACCUUAUUCCAAGCUGGUCUUCUACACGUAAUGUAGCUCCACUAAUAUAUGUAACGAGUUAAAUAACGCCAUAUAAUAUUUAAAAACUUAACAUCCCUUGGUAACAUUUUCACUGGGAUAAAUUUAUCAGAUACCAUAUUCAAUAUAAAUUAACAGUAUUCCAAAGGGAAUCUCGGAUAUUAGUCAACUUCUGCAUGAACCCAAUGUCAAAGCUCAUAUAGUUAUGUCAAGAAUGCCAGUAAAAAUCUGUAUAGACUUUAGUUGUAUACAGAUAAAGUGUUCAGUUACUUUGUUUCCAUAUGGUUUUAAUUCCAUGGCUAAAAGUUUGGUGAGUUUUGUCCUCGAUCAUCACUUCUAAUGUUUUCAGCUAAACCUGAUUAUCUCUAGUAGGCGUCUGCACAAGUAUAGAAGUGUAAACGUAUGUAUAUACACAACGUACUUAAUCGUAGACUUCGUGCAGUGUGAGCACUAGAAUAAAAUAUGUUAUAUCGUGGAAUGUCUGAGAGUUCACUCGGAUAUGUGUAAAUUUAUUCGUGACAUGUUUAAUUGUAUUACCAUGCUCUAAUUUACUCGGUGACAGAGAAAUUAAUAACUCAGUAACACCAAGAUUGUUGCUUUCUAUUGUAUGUUGAUUUAUGGUAUGUACGUAAUUUUUCCGUAUUUGUUGGGUGUAGUGUUGUCAUGCAGAAGCAUAUUAACUUGCAAUACAUAGUUAUUCUUGUAUGUGUAGUUUUGGGGAAAAAAUCUCAUGAAAUUCCGUGUGAUAUGACUGUUUUUGUGAUAACGUAUUCAUUUUAAGUUAUCAGCACAGCCGAAAAGCCUUGAUAACUUAAUGGAUAUUCUUAUGUUAACUGUAUUCGUCAUGCUAGAUUUUUUUGCUUAAUCGGGCAUUUGAGGUUUGGUUCCAGCUUGUUCCGUUAACUUACUUUUGUUCUCUCCGAUCAAUACGUAAUAUAUGUGUGGAUUGUAAAUGGGCUAUUCGAAACAUUAGGCUAGAGAAGACUAGAUCUACGACUGAUGUCACUUCGUUAGUUUGUCAGUAACUUUAAGUGCUCAAUUCACAACUCCACAUUUACUUCAACAUUGAUUUUAAGGUCGGGUUUUGAAUUGCAGAUAUAAAAUAAUUAUCACAUAUUAGUAGUUAUAAUUCAAAAAAUAUUCAUGCAAAACCAUGAAAAAGUAGGACUACGAAAUAUAAAUGAUUAUACAAAGAGAAAUGGAUCACAUCGUAAACGAAAUAGACGCUAUCACAGAAGGAAUGAAAAAGUUAGUCAUUAACUUCUCAGAAUGUAGAUGGGGAUAACUGUGGCUGCAUUCAAGUGAGUUUCAUUGCUGUACUCUAUAUUUUCGUUAUUUAUUGUGAUUUUUUUGUGAAUAUAAACCAGGCGCUCUAAGGGCCCUUAUAUUAAUCACCUUAAUCGUCCAAGAUCUUAGGGAUGAAAAGUUCUAUUCUACACUUUUACAUUAAAUAAUCUCAAAUAACUGCCUCAUGCGACUCAUUUUUUAGGUAGAAAUGGGUAAACCUAGUGGUCCUGCUCCACAGGUGAAUGGAAUUUCACCGAAUGAAGGGACCCCUGGGACAAAACUUACCAUCCGGGGGGAAAAUUUGGGAAAUACUGCAAGUGAUCUGCUACACGUAUUUAUUGGUGGGAUAGACGUUGGAAGGAGUGCUCAAUGGUUCUCUCACAAAAAGAUUACAGCCAUAACACCAUUAGGAGAAGGUGAACUCGAAAUAGUUGUGGUCACUGAUAGUGGGGGUUUUGGAACUGCUGCCGUGACUUAUCAGCAAAACUGUCUCCGGGUGGUUGGUCCACAAACCGUUGUAACCUACUGGCCAGAAGAUGACCGUCGUGUUGCUGCUACCAGUGCAAAUACGUCUAGCGGAUAUUCAGGAUCUACCGUGGCUGUUGGAUGUGUUCUUGGUGCAGAGCUUGACCACUCUACUGGCCUUCCAAUUUCUGAGUUAAGUCGGAUUAGCAUGCCACUAUCAGAAUCCGCUUUAAGAGAAAUAUAUUCACGUAAGUACAUUCUAGUGGUUCUAGUAUAGAGUCACACCUGUAAUUUUAGAGUAGUUGUAGCAUGAAUACUAAGGUAGCAAAGUUUUAUUUUCUCCCAAAACAGUUGUCACGUAAAUUCACUUAUGUGUCUAGCCCAAUGUUAAACACUAAUAUUUCACUACCUAUCUCAAUACCAUUUGUAUUUGCUGAAGUAUUUAUUUGACAAAACCUCAUUUACGAAAGACUUUGCAUGGAGUAAAAAUUGGCACAAGCUAUUGUGGCUAGAGGAAGUCUUGCACCUUAUAUACUUAUAAAAAGAAAAAAAUAAAGUCCAGGUUCUGUACACCUAGCGGAUAAAGAUUUCGAUCCAGUUAUGUUCUUACUGAAAUUUUAUAAAAAUUCAAAUUACAAUGACCUGUUGAUCACUGUUAAGAAUUUCCGACAAAGUAUGGGUCAAGAAGGUCCAAGUGAACCUGUAAAUGUUAUUCGGACAAAUUUGGUGUUGAUUUUUCGAUGUCUGGAUGGAAUGGACUCUUUGCGCUACAAAUUGGAGAGUGAGAAGAAAUCUGGUGAUGCAUACAGUGGCAAUGAUACACAGUUGGAGUCAAUCCUUUACGAUUCGCGUACACUUGGUUAUCGAUUGUUUGAAGAUGUUCUAAAGCGUAGAGAAAGAGGAGAUUCAAUUAGAAAUGCUAUAUCAGUUAUGCAGCGCUAUCAAUUCUUGUUUAAUUUACCGCAUGCUAUUCGCACGAAUAUAUCCAAGGGUGAUUACAACUUGGUGUUAAAUGAUUAUCUACGCGCGAAAUCACUGUUCUCUAAUUCGGAUGCAGAAGUUCUACGCCGCAUUUAUGGAGAUGUAGAAACUGUAGUAGCUAAUUUCUCUAUCAUGCUACGUAAUCAGUUAACUUCAAUGCCGAUAGACAGUGAUGAUGCAAGGCACAAAAUAAGUUAUCUAACUCAAUUAGAGGUGGAUUAUGAUCCAGGAUGGUUGUGUUUAACAUGUUUCAAAGACUGGCUGAUCGACCAAUUGCGCAAUUAUCAACGUUUAUCAAGCCAAGGCAUAGGUGAUGGAAAUUCAGCGAAUAGUGGUUCUCAUCUUAUCGGUAAUCUUUUAUCAAUUGAUAAUCGAUCCUCUGUAAUGAAUCCUGAAUCAUCGAUAUUAUUCGCUGAAGAGUUUUACGGUGUUCCUCGAAUGGUGGGUAUGGUUAAGUCAGUGUGUCGCCUGCUCACUACUCAUGUCACACAGUUUUGGCGUCUGGGUGCUGCGUAUACGUCUGGGCAGUUGAAUUACAGUAAUCAAGCUCCUGGAAAUACUAAAGUUUAUGAUAAACUCGGUCAAUCGUCCACAAAUGAUCCUAAAGCAGCUUGGAUACAAAUUAACUUGGAGCUGGUUCAUGCUAUUUCCAAUCACAUGCGUGAUAGUGUUCUUGAAGCAUUCAGUAGUACAACAAAUGAAACAGCAUUAACAGAUUACUUAUUAGAAUGUAUACGAGAAUACAGGCAAUGCUGUAGUUCAUUACCACUGACAGAGAUGCCGUCUGAUAUCAUUGAUAUAUUUGCUAAACUAGCCUAUGAUCUACGCAAGCUUGCAGUUCGUGGGAUAUUUCUGCGUGCUCAACUGACCAUUGAAACAUUGCAAAUUAAAGAAAGAUGGGAUGUUGACAUAAGUGAUGCUGAUGGAGGAAUCACAAAGCUUCCUUUGCUGUACGAGGACAUUAUUGCAGACUCAUUGAUACUUUGUGAAGAACAAGUAUUUCCUAAGACAUCGAUGGAGAAACCACUUUUCGAUGCUGGUGAACUUCAAGAACGUUUUCCUGAAUGGUGUGGGAUUGGAAUGCUCAGUUUCAUCUCAGUAUCACAACGUUUAGCUGAUCAAGUAGAGCAUACUGUUAAACGAUCUCGUGAACAGGAUGAAUCCUCAGAAUAUCAUCAAAACUGGUUAAAUCCACGUUCACCGAAUUUUCGACAUUCUGGACAAAACAACAUUAUCUCACAGGCCAGAGGAUUACUGCUUAUAUUAAACAAUAUUGAAUGGGUUGCGUGUCAUGCAAAUUAUCGUCUACUUAAUCUGUACAAGUCAUUGGGUUACGUUUCAGUUGGUCGAUUGCAAACCACUCUGAAUGAGGCCUGGGAAAAAGGCCGAAAAGAUAUAUGCUCAAGAUAUGUAAAACUUCGAAGUGAAUGGCUAUGCUUACCUCUUGAAUCUUAUUUACCUGAUGACUUACCAUCGCAGAAAAGAAUGGUUACUAAGAGGACCGAGGAUAUAAAUGCAAUAACUGGCCUUCAAAAUUCUUUACAAGAAGUCCUAGCAAAUUUAUCGCAUAUCUAUUCUGAGUUAAUUUUACUCAUGGGACUGAAAUCGAUUAAGUCUUUCCGAAAUAAUUCUUUGCCUGGUAAUAAUGAUAAACCAACUUGUUCAGUUGAUGUUCAGGAAAUUUUACAUCAAAUCAUCUAUUAUCUCAUAAAGAAUUUACACGGUCGUCUAAUUGAAAAAAAUAUAACUGACUGGUCGAAAUUAGCUCAAUUACAAUUAACACUUGAUUUGAAUACAAUGAAGACAAUUAUACCAAAUCAAUUAUUUACAAAAGAAUCAAACGAACUGUUAAAGGAAAUAUGCAGUCGUUUCAGUAUUGAAAUAUCUCCAGCGUUGGAUCAUUUAACCUUAGAAGAAUCAGAACAUUUAUCCAAAUUACUUGAAAGAGAGAAAAUACGAAUGCGUCUGCUUAUCAGCGGUCUAUCUACGCUUCAGCCACAAGUAGCCUGUCGUUAAAGCUUCAUUCGUGUACACGCGCUACACUUCAUGAUUUUAAUUUUUCUUUUCUCAUGUACUUCCCCCAGAAUUUGCUUACUAUCAUCAGUUCUGUGAUUGUUUCUGUGCAAUUCGCUUGACUUAUUUUCCUUUUUUUUAAUUUUAUACGCAAUUCUGUUUAAUAUAAAUUAAAUACAACUUAUCAAAGAUAUUAAU